AUGCCGCAGUGCACCAAAGAGCCCCGUAACGAGUUCCACGUGCUUCUAAAGACCGCAUCCCGAGCUCACCUCACGGCCUGCCUUCCUAACACGUUACUUACCAAACUCAGUCCUUGCAGCUUGCCCAAGGAACACGGACGCGCUCGCCCCCAGGGGACCCCGGCACAGCUCCGACCACCGCCACCCACUCCGAUCUGCUCGCCCAGGCAUUGGGGCCGCGGGGUCGGGGGUCCCAGGGCUGGGGUGUCAGGCCCAGCCCGCCACGCCUGGGGCGGUCCUGGCAGCCGCUCUCGCCGCGGGCUGAAAAGGAAGCUGGGGACAGCUGAGGUAGCCCGGGAAACUCGAAGGGCCAAGAGGGCGGCGGCGGCAAGCCCGGCUCCUCCUCCGCGGCCCGGCCUCCUCGGCAGACACGCCGCCCCCUCAGCCCGGCAGCCCGCCACUCGGCGCCGCCGAGCCGCCCUUGUCCGGAGCCGCCGCGGCGCGCCAGCAGGAAGUCCCGCCCCCGUUCUACGUCAUCGACGCCGCGCGCCGCCCCUCGCCGGAGCCGUUGGUGGUGGGACCCUGGCUGCAGCAACGGUUGUGCCAGCUACGGCUGCGGCUGCUGCGGUGGCCGAAGUGAAGACGCCACUUUGGGACGUCCCCUGUGGGCUGCAUCGAAAGCCCGCGAGCCCGAGGAUCGGCAGGUCGCGCCCCAGACACUCGUGUCGUGAGCAGGUCUCACCUCAAAGCCCGCUGCCCGAUCCCGAAAUCAACAGUAGCAACCAGUGAAACCGUCCGUUAGAAAUCUCAGCACCUCCAUUCUCAAAGAGCGUCUUCCUGGACUAAACGUGGAAAACACUGGGACUCAAAACAUUAUACCCACAAAGAGUUCAAAGGGAUGUUGGAUACAGAAUAAGAAAUUUUGGGAGAUCAAAAUUCAGGAGUUCAGUUCCAGCCUGGAAAACAAGAUGAGGGAACUUUCCAGCCUGCACCAAUGUUCACAUUUCUGAUUGACUUACAAGAUUUUCCUUCUUUUGACCUCAGAAGUCACUUGGAAACUUGUGGGGGAAAUUUCAGCACAUCUUUUAAGUUUUGUUUAUGAUAAGCAGGGGAGAUACAUCAGAACUUAGAGAAGUGUCUCAGCCUCCAGACUUGGUAGCCUUGCCAUCAACCCACCCCUGGGUUUUCCUAUCCAGGCUUUGGGGUCACGUUUCAUUGUCAGUGUGAUUCAAGUUCACGGUUUACCAUCACAGCUAGCCAUAGUUUUAGUGGCUAGUCUUAAACUCUUUGCUGAGGUGUGUGUGUGUGUGCGUGUGUGUGUGUGUGUGUGUGCGUGCGUGUGUGUGUGUGUGGUUUUUUGGUUGGUUGGUUGGGUCUGUAGUUUUGGUUUUUGGCAGAAUUUUUCACAUUUUUAUGGUAGGAAAGUUUACAUUAGCAUUAAGAAAUGCUUUCCUAGUUUGCUAUUGCCCAGUAGCUGCUUCUCAGCACUGCCGGCUUUCAUGGAAUUUUCGGUAUUGUUUUUAUUUUGUGUCUUGAUCUUUGCACAUGAACCAUGCUAUUAUUAGUUUCUGCUGGAAAUACUUACAUGUGUGGUAUGUGUACCUGCUCAUGUGUGUAUGUCUGCACAUAUGUGCACAUGGGUGUGGAGGACAGAGAUUGACCUUGGGCGUUUCCAUUCAUCAGUUCUUCAGCUUAUGCUUUGGAGCAAGGUCUCUCACUGAACCUGUAAUCCAUCAGCUCAGAUAGGCUGGCUGGCCAGUGAGACUCAGGGAUCUGCCUGUCUCCACCCUCUCAGUACUGGGGCUGUUGUCAUGGCAGCGGAGCACUUCACUGGCUGAGUCAUCUCUCUAACCCUUCUGGAAACAAUUUAUCCAGUAUUCCUACUCAGGGCUUUCAUCUUGUCGUCUACUUUAUCUUCAGGCAUAUCAGUUCCUGCUGUACCUUCACAAGCAUUUGUGUCCGCAUCUCUUUUCUUCUUCAUGAUCUCUACAGUCCUGCUUUUCAUUGGUGUCAUUUGAGCGGGGGCGCUCUUAAAUCAUCAUGUGGGGGAAGCUGCUCCGCCAUGAUCCCCAUGGGUCUGUCCUCUUGAGAAUGUCUUUUAUGAAGGCAAACUGCAGUUCCUGUCACUCAGUGGGCCUCAGGCUGCAAGUGCUGCUCAUCAUUCUCCUCCAUUGUCUGUCAGAUUCUAUUUCCCUUUAGUUGUGCUUUGGAUAAGCCUAAGGGCUUACCUCGUAUGACCCAGAUCCUUAUUCCCAUGGAAAAUGUGUGCUGGUAACCAUUUACAUCUCAUUCUGGAAUGGCUGCACAUGUCCUCCCACGGUUACAAUUUGGAAUCAAAAUGUUCCCAAAUUGAUCACCUAUGUGUUUUUCUCUGCCUUGUAGCAUUUUGAUUUCUUAUUGAUCUAGCUCAGUUACCACUGCCAAGAUAGGAAAUCCUUGCCUGCUCAUAACUGUUCCCAGAGUUCCAAAUGGCCAAACAGUAGCCAUAACUUAUGGUCUAAUGGGACUCUUGUUGUUGUUCCCCGACAGAAAUUCAUCCAUUUGGAAGCCUUCAGAGUAAAGGGUUAUAGGAACAGGAAGUAGUGUCCCCUAACAAGUCAGUGGGGUCACUUCUGUUUCCUCUGCUUUGUUGUUCUUAGUAGGAACAAUACCUUAUAGGUCUCUCUGUGUUAGUGUAUGUACUGUUUCUUGAAGGAUGACACUUAAUCCUUAUGAAAUCAUGCUUCUGAGCUGGCACUUCAGCUAAACCAUUAUUACAUUGGAAACAAAUGUUAGGGUCGAGAUGAAUUUUAGGGUUGAACAGCAAGGUCAGGAACACUGAGGAAGGUAAAUAAGAAGGUUUGCAACUGGGUAUGAAAUAGCCAAGUUGCCCAGAGAAGAGAAAGUGAAUAACUCUGGAAAGAACAAAGCCUGGCUCUAGAUGUUUCAGUUGGCCCCAGGAGCCCCACCUCCACCCUUGCAGGAGCAUGUGCGAGACAUCAUUGCCCUUUCCUUAGUAAACAUCUACACUUUAUAGGUAGUUACACCGUCAUAGAUAAGAAUGCAUCUAAUUGUAACAGACUGAAUUGUGGGUAAUGGCUUCUAGGAAAGCUACUUGCUUUAGAAAGGACACCUUCUCAUACUCCGCCAAGGAUGGACAAAGGAAGGAAAACUGGUGGACAAAGUCCAGAUGCUAGAGGUAUCCCUUUGCCACUGGCACGUGGCUCAGACCACCCUCCCCUCUUUGCCUUCUCACCUGCUGAAGUAAACCCUGGCAGCUUGUUCACUCUACUUGAGCUCUAAUGUCAGUCUCUUUCCUUGAGGAACACAAACACUGAGCCUGCUGCUGCACUUGACAUAGAAGGGAAUGUGGGAGGAGACAUCUCUCCUCAUCCCUAACACCUUCAGUGGGUUGCCUGGUGUUCUAUCAGACUGGAUGGCCCUGUUGAUUCUCUUGUCAGGAGUUCACAUAUUAUCUUUUUACUUAUCCUUGUUUGGAUGCUCAAUUAAAUUAGAUCUUUAAGGCCCUGGCUAGCAAUAAUAUCAGCUAAGGCCCUGCAAGGCAGAGCAGCAAAUCCACACCCAGAAUAAGUCCUCAUCCCUGUCAGGAUGGACCACUAGCCACUCCAAAAUUGCAAAAGUCCAUGCUAUUGACAUGCUACCAGGUGUCCGAUUGGUCUCAAGUGAUACUACCAUAUCGGGCACACAGUAUAGUUCUGUCGCGUGCAGGUUCUUCAGAGAAAGAUAGGUAUGGGUUGGCUUUUGUAACUGGGAAUUUGCACUGGCUCAUGUGUAGCCUCCUGUGAAAACAUGGCUGCUCAUAUGUUGUUGUAGUUCUAGACAGUUCUAGAACAGGCCAUGACAAAAGCUUGCCUAACACCAACAGAUAGAAUCCUUUGUUCAAUUUUUCUGUUUCUCUUCACGAUGAAUGUUCUAGUCAGAGCGAAUUAUGUCAUUAGCCACUAAGCAAGACAGGUACCUUUAGGGACAAAAUCCUAUAAGUGAAUGCACCUUUGGGGCAUCCUGCAGGUUCUUCAGAGAAAGAUAGGUAUGGGUUGGCUUUUGUAACUGGGAAUUUGCUCUGGCUCGUGUGUAGCCUCCUGUGAAAACAUGGCUGCUCAUAUGUUGUUGUAGUUCUAGACAGUUCUAGAACAGGCCAUGACAAAAGCUUGCCUAACACCAACAGAUAGAAUCCUUUGUUCGAUUUUUCUGUUUCUCUUCACGAUGAAUGUUCUACUCAGAGCGAAUUAUGUCAUUAGCCACUAAGCAAGACAGGUACCUUUAGGGACAAAAUCCUAUAAGUGAAUGCACCUUUGGGGCAUCCUUUGUUUUCUUGCCACUGAAAUUUUAUGGCAUAAGCAGAGCAUUCCUUGAGGCAUGUCAGUUGAUCAGUUUGAGCUAACCAUGCUUCAGAAUGUGUCUACUGUAUCUUCUUUGUAAAUUGUGAGAUUUCACUGAGCUUGCUCAGGAAUGUACUCCUUAACUGAGCAUGCCUAGUAUUGGAUCACCCCUGACAUGAGUUUGUAUAGGCUCUCUGAAUAAAAUUCCCAUGCUGUCUCUGAUGGAAGAGCUUUGUUUGGGAAGAACACCUGUGCUCUCUCUUGUCCAUUGCAAGACUCCUUUUUUUAUAUAUUGACUGUGCUUAUUUUGGCUUGCACUUAACAAUAUGUGAACCCAUUAUAUUGGAUUACAAUAUAAUAAA